AUGUACAAAAGCGUCGCGGAAUGCUACGAGGGACAAUCUGUUUUUAUAACUGGAGGCACCGGAUUUCUCGGCAAGGUGAUCUUGGAAAAGUUACUAUACAGUUGUCCCGGAAUAAACAAGGUGUAUCUUUUGGUGCGAGAAAAGCAAAACUUCACCGCACAUCAAAGGAUUCAGAAAGUUUUAGAACAACCGCUCUUCACAAGGUUGAAAAAUGAAAAUCCGCAAGCUUUAGAGAAAAUAAUCCCAAUUGUCGGUGAUAUAUCUGAACCUAAGCUUGGAUUAAAACCAGAAGAUGAACAGCUUUUAACUGAUACGGUUUCAAUAGUUUUCCACAUGGCUGCAACGAUUAAGUUUAACGAACCGUUGGAAGUAGCUGUAAACAUCAACGUAGCCGGCACAGCCCGUGUACUUAAUCUCUGCCAACGCAUGCAAAAUAUAAAGGCCUUUGUAUACAUUUCAACUACGUACUCUAACACGGAUAGAGAGGUAAUCGAAGAAGUCGUCUAUCCUGCGCCUGCGUCAUUAAAUGAAGUGAAAAAAUUAAUAGAAAUUGGGAUUACUGAAGAACAAGUAAAGCAGCUUAUAAAAGGAAGACCUAACACCUAUACAUUUACCAAAGCUUUAGCAGAGAAUGUUGUGGCUGAAAAUCGUGGAAACGUCCCAACAAUCAUAGUACGCCCUUCAAUAGUGUCUUCUAGUAAAAAAGAACCUAUUGUUGGUUGGAAAGACAAUUGGUUUGGUGCAUCUGCUCUAAUAACAACGAUUAUGAAGGGUUUGAACCGUGUACUUAUUAGCAAUCCUAAUAACGCUUUGGACCUCAUACCAGUAGAUUAUGUAUCUAACUUGAUCAUUGUUGCUGCUGCUAAGUGUGAAUGUUCAAAAGAAGUGGCCGUGUACAACUCCUGUACAAGCGCAGUAAACCCUCUCCGUAUGCAAAAACUUGCAGAGUUGAUUAUUUCCGACAGUAACAAACAUAAAUUUUACGAUAUACCUAUGCCGUCAAUACAUUUUACACAGUUCAGAUGGGUGGUCUUUCUUAUGACGCUGCUAUUUCAAACGAUACCGGCGUACAUAGCUGACAUAUUUUUAUUGAUAACAGGAAAAAAAGCCAAAUACAUGAAGAUCCAGAAUCGUGUGUCUCUCGUACGCAAUACUUUGGAAUACUUCACGUCGCAUAACUGGCUUAUCUGUGCACCUAAGACUGUAGCUCUUGCUGAAUCUCUCUCAUCAUCAGAUCAAGAGCUGUUCCCUUGUAACCCCGUCGAUAUCGACUGGAAUGUCUAUAUCCCAAGCUAUUGCCAAGGUAUACGUCAAUUUUUGUGUAAGACG